GUUGUUUCCUUUUAUAUGUUAGGCAUGGCCAGCGGUGACCGAAGGCAUGGAAAGGAACCGGCGGUGGUGGCGGAGGACAACUUCCCGGACGGGCUGCGCGUGCUUGCCGUCGACGAUAACCGUGUCUGCCUAAGGGUCCUGGCGGCCGUCCUGCGCCAGUGCAACUACAAGCCGACGGUUGUGAUGGAUGGAAUGACUGCGCUGAAGAUGUUGAGGGAGGAAGGGGAGGAGCAGUUCGACCUAGUGAUCACCGACGUGCACAUGCCAAACAUGGACGGCUUCCAGCUCAUGGAGAUCAUCGGCCUCGAGAUGGAUCUGCCAGUCAUCAUGCUAUCUGUGAACGGAGAAAAGGCAACCGUGUACAAGGGGAUAAAGCAUGGGGCGUGUGACUAUAUUGUGAAACCCGUGGAUAUCAAUGAUAUCAGAAACAUAUGGCAGCAUGUUGUAAGGAAAAACCACGUCGCUGUGAACUACAACAGCAGUGAGAGUGAUGAUGCUGCCCAGAGGGUGGGGAAACCAGCGAUUGCUGAAGGUGGUGCAAAGAGUAAGAAGUGCUCAAAGCAGAAGAGAACUGAUAGAGAAGGCUCUGAUGAGAAUAGAGAAAGCAGGAGCGUGCGGACCAUCAGGAAGAAACCAAGGGUGUCAUGGACCGGUGACCUGCACAAUAGGUUCCUAGAAGUUGUCAACCGACUUGGCAUCGAUCGGGCGGUUCCAAAGGCAAUAUUACAAAUGAUGAAUGUCCAUAACCUUAGUAGGGAGAGUGUUUCGAGCCACUUACAGAAGUAUCGGCUCUAUCUGAAUAAAUUAAUCGAUGAUCCCGCGAAGCCUAAUCCUCUGGGUGAUUUGUUCGAGCGGAGGAACUCGUACAUGGACAUGGGUCAGCAGAUAGUCCCACUCCCGCCAUCGUCAGCCCUGUAUUCCUGUGGUUCACAAAAUCUAUACGCAGCACCUCAAGGUCUUUAUGUUCAGCCAAGGAACUGGGCCACGGGCACAAUCGGUAAUGCUGGCCUCAUGCCAGGAAGCUACGACGCUUCUGGCCCAUUUGCAAAGACAUCGGAUCACCCAAUGCAGGAUGCAUUUCCUCGUAUCCAUGGCCCUGCUCGUAUCCGUUGUCACAAAGCCUACGAGAGCGUCCUGCGUGGGAAACUGUUGGAGGUGAACACAAGCAUGGUGCCUUCCUCCCAUCCUGGCAGCUCCUCCUUCCCAGCAGAAAUGCCAAAUGGAGGGCUGUUAGAACCUGCAAACCAGUUCCCGGUGCAGCCUCCAAAACUGAUCGGCCAUUUCUCCGGUCCGAUGAGCAUGGCACCUUCUGGCGACGCCCAGUUCCAGAACCAUGCUGGGAACUGUAGCAAUCCCUGGCAGAAUGUGGCGCCAUCAAAUUCUGUUGGUCAUAUGGUUGGAGCACCUCUCCUCCCAUCAUCACAGGUGAACGUGAACCUCCCACAGAUCAACCAGCAACUGACAAUAUUUGCACCCUCAUCUGGCCAGACGGCCAUGUUUCAGAAUGAGCAGCAGCAGAAUCGGAUGGAAGGGGUCAACAUCAACAACACCGCAUCAGUGGGUGUCUACAGUGUGCAGAUGACGCCAUUAUUCAACAUGGCAAGCAACACAGCCCCAAUGGAGAUGGCCAAUGCCAACUUCUCAUCGAUGAAUCAGAUGAUGGUCAAUGGCGGAAGCACCAGCUCUCCAUCGCCAAACCUUCAGGCGGGUAACCCUGUCGCGCCACCGGCUCAGAUGGUAAAUGGUGGUGGAAGCAGCAGCUCCGCAUUGCCUAGCUAUAUGGAUAGCCCUCUCGUGCCGCCAGCUCAGAUGGUUAAUGGUGGUGGAAGCAGCAUCUCUUCUUUGCCUGGCCAUCUGGACAGCUCUAUCGCGCCGCAGACUCGGAUGCUUAAUGGCGGGGAGGGUGCAUCUGGCAUUCUACCUGUGCAAGAUGAGCCAGCUGGGCAAGCUUCUAAUGAUCAGCCAACCAACAGCAUUUCUAACUUCCUGGAGGAUAUGUUUGCCAGUAUGGCUAGUCAGGAUUUCAAUCCAGAAGCUACUUUGUUAGGUGAAGAAUAUUAGUCCCUUUGUUCACCCCACCUGCGCCAAAGAUCUCUCCGCAUUUUGUGCAGGCGAGAUGAUGAUCAUCAGUCCAUGGUUCCUGCACAUUGUAUUGCGGAGUUGUGCGAAAAAACGCCGAAUUGUAGUAGGUAGUUAGAAGCGGUGUGGGCUUCUACUUUACUUUAGCCUUUGUUUUAAAUUGGUCCUUGUGUUUUAAGGAUCAUAUAAUAACUUUAUGUUCCCGACGUCGAAGAGGACGUGCAGAAUAAUUGGCUAUACGCAUCAUCGAUGCAGUUCCCCGGUUGUA